UCGGUGAUCACAACGAUCUCCCUACCUGUAGAAAAACGUCUAGAUACACUCACAAUAAUCUCAAGGUGCUUCCACUAGCAAAAUUUGCUCAGCCAUGGCAGAUUCGACCUCCCUCAUCAAUAAACGAACCAAAGGAGGCUGGAACGCUGCCCUUUUCAUCAUCGUUGUGGAGAUAGCAGAGAGAUUUGCGUUCUACGGUCUUGCAAGCAACCUAAUAACGUUUCUAACAAACGAACUUGGCCAGUCCACGGCCACCGCAGCCAAAAACAUCAACACAUGGAUCGGUGUUUCUUGCAUGUUCCCCAUUCUCGGGGCGUUUCUAGCUGACUCCAUCCUAGGCCGCUUCAAAACCGUUCUCUUGACCUCUUUCAUCUAUCUCUUGGGGAUUGUCAUGUUGCCAUUGUCGGUGACGGUGGUGGCGCGGCGGAUGAGAGAAAAAGUGUUCUUUAUGGCAUUGUAUGUGAUGGCGGUUGGAGAAGGAGGGCAUAAACCAUGCGUCAUGACCUUUGCAGCUGACCAGUUUGGAGAGGCCAAUGCGGAAGAGAAAGCAGCAAAGACAUCUUUCUUCAAUUAUUGGUAUAUGGCCAUAGUCCUCGCUUCUUCCAUAGCUGUUCUUGCACUCAUCUUCAUUCAGGAACGAGUGAGUUGGUCACUAGGAUUCAGCAUAAUAGCAGGAAGUGUGGUGAUAGCUAUAGUGAUAUUUCUGAUAGGAAUUCCAAAAUAUCGAAAACAAGUUCCGGUGGGAAGUCCCUUCACGAGGGUUGCUCAGGUCAUGGUGGCUGCUCUGAAAAAAUGGCGAUUGAGCUCCACGCGCCACCACUACGGCCUCUGCUACGAGGAGGAGGAUGAGCACAAGUUGGAGUCAACAAAUUCUAAUCAAGUAUAUCUUCUUGCCAGAACAAAUCAAUUCAGAUUUCUUGAUAAAGCUACAAUUAUUGACGAGAUUGAUCAUAACAAAAAUAGAAACCCGUGGAGGUUAUGUACUGUGAACCAAGUGGAAGAAGUAAAGCUAAUAUUGAGGCUCAUACCAAUUUGGAUAAGCUUGAUAAUGUUCUGUGCCACACUCACUCAGCUCAACACAUUCUUUUUAAAGCAAGGAAGUAUGAUGGACAGAACCAUUGGGAAUCACUUCACCAUUCCUCCUGCUGCUUUCCAAAGCAUUGUUGGUGUCACUAUCCUCAUCCUUAUUCCUCUUUAUGACCGAGUUUUUGUCCCUAUGGUUCGUAAGAUCACCAAUCACCAUUCUGGAAUCACAUCUCUCCAGAGAAUCGGUGUUGGCUUAUUUGUUGCUACUUUCAAUAUGGUGAUAUGUGGGCUUGUGGAGGCAAAGAGACUUAAAGUUGCAAGAGAUCAUGGAUUAAUCGACUCUCCAAAAGAAGUUGUUCCAAUGAGUAGCUUGUGGUUACUGCCCCAAUACAUACUAGUUGGUAUUGGAGACGUUUUCACUAUUGUUGGUAUGCAAGAGCUUUUCUAUGAUCAAAUGCCUGAAACUAUGAGAAGUAUUGGUGCAGCGAUCUUUAUUAGCGUUGUUGGAGUCGGGAGUUUUGUUAGUACCGGGAUUAUAUCUACCGUUCAAACAAUCAGCAAAAGCCACGGUGAAGAAUGGCUCGUCAACAACCUUAACAGAGCACAUCUUGAUUACUACUAUUGGAUAAUCGCAUCGCUAAAUGCUGUGAGCCUCUGCUUUUAUCUGUUUAUAGCUAACCAUUUUCUCUACAAGAAACUGCAAGACAAAGAUGAUGAUGUUGAAAGCGAAAGAUAAGUUUGAUCAAAAAUGUUUUGUUUGAAAUGAUCGGCUUUAUAUUUAUCCUAGUUUAUAUCCAAAAAAAU